AUGGCUAUGUGCAACGGAGACAGCAAGCUGCAGAUUGGCAGCGUGGAGCAGAAUGGGUCGUAUGAGGGAGCCGUGGCCAUCCUGGAUGCUGGCGCCCAGUAUGGCAAAGUCAUUGACAGACGUGUGCGAGAGCUAUGCGUGCGCUCAGAGAUCCUCCCGUUGGAGACCCCUGCCUUUGCUAUUAGAGAACAAGGUUACAGGGCAAUCAUCAUUUCAGGAGGCCCUGCUUCUGUGUAUGCAGAGGAUGCACCACGGUUUGACCCUGCUAUAUUCACUAUAGGAAAGCCUGUCCUGGGGAUUUGCUAUGGAAUGCAGAUGAUGAAUAAAGUUUUUGGUGGUACGGUUCACAAAAAAUGUGUAAGGGAAGAUGGGGUCUUCAGUAUUGGAGUGGAUAACGGCUGCUCACUUUUCAGAGGUCUUCAGAAGGAAGAAGUGGUUCUCCUGACUCAUGGAGACAGUGUUGAUAAAGUAGCUGAUGGCUUUAAAGUGGUGGCCCAAUCGGGACAAAUAAUCGCAGGUAUUGCCAAUGAGCAGAAGAAGCUGUAUGGAACUCAGUUUCACCCUGAGGUGGACUUGACAGAGCGUGGUAUGGAGAUGCUUCGCAACUUCCUCUUUGAGAUUGCAGGAUGCACCAGUAACUUUACUGUCCAGAACCGCCAGCAGGCUUGCAUCAGUGAUAUCAUAGAAAGAGUUGGCAAGUCAAAGGUUUUGGUGCUGUUGAGCGGUGGCGUCGACUCAACCGUGUGCACGGCCCUCCUCAACAAAGCUUUGAACCAGGACCAAGUGAUUGCAGUUCACAUUGACAAUGGUUUCAUGAGGAAAAGAGAGAGCCAGAGCGUUGAGGAGGCCCUCACCAAAUUGGGCAUCAAACUCAAAGUGGUGAAUGCAUCACACACUUUCUACAAUGGAACAACAACACUUCCCAUCUCAGAGGAGGACAGGACUCCCCGGAAACGGAUCAGUAAGACCUUGAAUAUGACCACCAACCCCGAAGAGAAAAGGAAGAUAAUUGGUGAUACAUUUGUUAAGGUGGCAAAUGAGGUGAUCGGAGAGAUGAAUCUAAAACCAGAAGAGGUUCUCUUAGCACAGGGUACACUGCGACCUGAUCUCAUAGAGAGUGCUUCUCAUCUUGCCAGUGGAAAGGCAGAGGUCAUCAAAACACAUCAUAAUGACACCGAGCUCAUCCGCAAGCUUAGAGAUGAGGGGAAAGUAAUCGAACCGUUGAAAGAUUUUCAUAAAGAUGAGGUCCGAGCACUCGGGAGAGAAUUGGGUCUGCCAGAGGAAAUAGUCUCACGACACCCUUUCCCCGGUCCUGGUCUGUCAAUCAGAGUUAUUUGUGCAGAGGAGCCAUACAUCUGCAAAGACUUUGCUGAAACGAACAACAUCCUCAAAAUCAUAACAGACUUCUCUGCUAGUGUCAAAAAGCCACAUGCCUUGCUGCAGAGAGUCAAGUCGUGCAUAUCAGACGAAGAAGAAGAGAAGCUCAUGCACAUCACCAGCCUUCAUUCACUAAAUGCCUUCCUGCUGCCCAUCAAAACUGUUGGCGUCCAGGGAGAUUGCCGCUCUUACAGUUAUGUGUGUGGUGUCACAAGCAAAGAAUCACCUCAUUGGGAAUCUCUAAUGUUCCUAGCCAGACUGAUCCCACGCAUGUGCCAUAGCAUCAAUAGAGUUGUCUAUGUGUUUGGGUCCCAUGUGAAAGAGCCACCAAUAGACAUAACUCCAACUUUCCUGACCACAGGCGUCCUAGGCACCCUCAGACAGGCGGACUUUGUUGCUCAUUCUAUACUCAGAGAGUCUGGCUACUCUGGAAAGAUCAGCCAGAUGCCAGUUAUCCUGACUCCCCUGCACUUUGAUCGCGACCCAUUGCAAAAGCAGCCUUCCUGCCGACGUUCUGUUGUGAUCCGCACAUUCAUCACCAGCGACUUCAUGACCGGCAUCCCCGCCACACCAGGGAAUCAUAUCCCAGAGGAGGUGGUGCUAAAGAUGGUCAACGAGAUCAGAAAGAUCCCAGGUAUCUCAAGAGUUAUGUACGACUUGACUUCCAAGCCACCAGGCACCACAGAGUGGGAGUAA